AUGGCAGCCUCCAUGCUAAAUGUGUUUAGGUCACAAUUUAUCAAUUCCACUAAUAAACUAACUUUAGUGACGAACGUCAAGCGUAGCAAAACAGUUGGCCGAUGUCUGUUCACCUAUUUGAAAGGUAGUAGUAAAGUGUCAUCAAAUGCCACACUGCUGGCUGGUAAUAUCUUCAAGUUAUCUGGAAAACAUGGUGGUCUAAGACUUCCCUCAUUACUACCUGCAUCCUCAAAUCUCUUCCCAAUUUCAUGUUAUUCCACUGAAGCAGCCACUAACAGCACUGAAGAUGACUACCAUUCAAUUAUCAAAGAUAACGAAAAAGGAAAAGGUCAGUCUAAUAAGAUGGAAUUUCAGGCAGAAACUCGUAAACUGCUGGACAUAGUAGCCAGGUCAUUAUAUUCAGAGAAGGAAGUUUUUAUAAGGGAGCUUGUUUCGAAUGCGAGCGAUGCCCUGGAAAAGUUGAGGUACCUGCAGAUGCAGAAUGAGUCGGGGAUUGUCAGUAGUGAGAGUGGAGACGUCGGAAAAAAACCCACAUCUCUAGAGAUUCACAUCGCCGUCGAUGAUUCUAAGAAGACUUUUACUAUACAGGAUACCGGGAUUGGCAUGACAAAAGAUGAAAUCAUUGAAAAUCUAGGAAUUAUUGCUAAGUCUGGAUCUAAAGCCUUCAUACAGGAAGUCGAAGGGAAAGGUGGGCACGUGGACAAGAACAUCAUCGGCCAGUUUGGCGUUGGCUUCUACUCUAGUUUCAUGGUAGCCGACAAAGUCGAGGUGUUCACGAAAUCAUACAAGCCUAAUGAGCCUGCUUAUAAGUGGCAAUCAGAUGGGUUAGGAACAUACGAGUUGAGUGAAGCCGAGAAUGUCCAGCAAGGAACAAAGAUUGUUAUGCACCUGAAAGGCGAUGCUUAUGACUUUGCUAAGGAGGAUGUGGUUAAAGGCAUAAUUAAGAAGUACAGCAAUUUUGUGGGCGUGCCAAUAUUCUUGAACGGCCACAAGGUCAAUGUCAUCCAGGCUCUGUGGACCAUGGAGCCGAGAGAUGUCACAGCUCAGAUGCACGAAGAUUUUUACAGAUUCAUAUCCAACACGUUCGACCAGCCACGCUUCUACCUUCACUACAAAACUGACGCUCCUCUUAACAUUAGAGCUCUCUUCUAUGUCCCUGAAUACAAGCCUACUUUGUUUGACAUGAGCCGAGACACAGAGGUAUCGCUAUCCUUAUACAGUAGAAAAGUCAUGAUCAUGUCGAAAGCAAGCAACAUUCUACCAAGAUGGCUGAGGUUCAUUAAAGGUGUUGUUGAUAGUGAAGAUAUCCCAUUAAAUCUUAGCAGAGAACUUUUACAAGACAGUGCUCUUAUCAGAAAAUUAAGAUGGGUGCUGACGAACAGACUGAUAAAGUUUUUCUUAGAGCAAGCUAAGAAGGACAAGACGAAGUACCUGCAAUUCUAUAAAGAUUAUGGCCUCUUCUUCAGGGAAGGCAUUGUCACUACUACUGAACAGGAUCAAAGGGAGGAGAUAGCCCGCCUGUUGAGGUUUGAAUCGUCGAAACUUGCCCCCGGAGAGCUGACAAACCUGGACGAGUAUGCGAGUCGUAUGAAAGCUGGCACUAGAAACAUCUACUACCUAUCUGCUCCCAGUCGCCACCUGGCGGAGACAUCGCCAUACAUGGAGAGCCUGGCUCAGAAAGAUGUCGAAGUCCUCUUCCUCUACGAAAACUACGACGAAUUAGUACUCAUGAACUUGGGACAGUACGACAAGAAACAUUUGAAAUCUAUCGAGAAUGAUGCCGCUGAAGAAGCUACUGGCACUGCUGCUGCUGAUGCCGCUGAUGCCACUACUGCUGCUGAUGGUAAAGUUAAGGAAAGUUUAUCAGCAGAACAAUGUGAUGAUAUGAUUGGUUGGAUGCAAGCUGUCCUCGGUCACAGGGUCAAUAAAGUCAAGACUACAAAACGUUUGGUCACUCACCCAUGCAUCAUCACGGUGAACGAGAUGGGGGCGGCCAGGCACUUCCUCAGGACUGCCCUGGCCGACAGAUCUGAAGAGGAAAAGUUCAAGGUUCUACAGCCAACGCUGGAGGUCAACUCGUCACAUCAGUUGAUUGUCAGUCUGCAUAAGCUGAAGUCAAAUGAUCCUGAUCUCGCUAGGAUGGUUACUGAACAGUUGUUUGACAACGCCAUGAUAGCAGCAGGCCUGCUGGACGAUCCCCGCAAAAUGCUCGGCCGACUCAAUGAUCUAAUGACUAGAGCCCUCAAUAAAUAAUAAAAAAAAAACCUUCACAAAGACACAAUUUUUAUUAUUUUUAUUUCUGUUUUUUAUUCUUAUUUUCAUUUUAUAAAUUUCUCCAGUUGUUAUGAUUGUUUUUUUAAUUGUUCUACUUGGUUUUUAAUUACAUAUGUUAGUCUUAGUGUUAGUGUGCGUGUGUGUGUGUUUGUGUACAUGUGUAUUUACAUAUAACACAUAAUAAUGUUAUAAGAUUGAUAUUGUUUAUUAUUAUUGUAUUAACGUACAAUUUGUUGUUUUUUUUUAAAUAGCUGGAAAUUUAUUUCUUUACUUUGUAUAUGUGGAUUGUUUUGAUUUCUGACUGUAUGUUUGUUUGUUUGUCUCAUUGCUUGACUGUCAGAAAAAGUUUAUCGAAACAUUUUGGAUUGAUAAUAAUAAGAUGAUGAAAAAAAAA